GGCACAUCCAUCGACGGAUGCCUCUUGUGCCCAGAUCUCUUACUAUUGGCACGAGACGUAUGUCAUGGCGACGGCGCUACGCAACUGUUUCACGAUAUUCCUCCUCUUCUAAGACAUAUGCGGCUGAACGGCCACUAACUUCAUCAUGACCCGCCGAAUAGUCCGAGCGGGCAUUCAGCUCGUAGCCUUCUCGAUCAUUGCCUGCUUCUUGAUUUUCUUCGUCGAUAACCGAUACCGUGUUCUACCUCAAUCUGUUCACAGCCACCUUCCCCUACACCACGAGGGUCUCGUCAUCACCGACAUUACUGUACAGACAUGCUCGAGCCUGAACCCGCUGUCAAAAUGCAUGCUGGACCAAAAGAAGUGGCACCGCGUCGAGAAAGACCUCUAUCUUGGAUCUGGCUGGGUGUCCAAGGCAUAUAUACACAUCAAGCGCAAAAGGGAGGAGGAGCUCACGAGCGAUGACAAGGUCAUUGUCGAUGUGCGUACCGGCAAGCUUGACCCAGCCAUGGGCGAGAAAGCUCAGGCUUCGGAGAAGUGGGAGUCUCGCCCUGCAGGCGUGUGGAUCAAGAGGUCACUCAAGCGUCACGCGAGCGACUCGAAGCAGGCCGUGACUGCUGUCGACAUACUGUUCGGGUCUGACGCCGUGGAGCCACGCCCUGGGUGGGAGCUGGUCAAGAACGGCGCAUUACAUUUGGAGACAGCCCGAGACAGCAAGGAUCCGCGCCUGAGCAUACGUCGAGGCGCACCACACAAGGUCGAGAAGCCAGUUCCCAAGAUCAGGAAGGAUGGCAAGUUCAAGAUCAUGCAGAUCUCUGACCUGCAUCUCAGCACUGGUUUGGGCGCAUGCAGAGAUCCGGAGCCCAAAGGUGCCAAUGGCGGCCACUGUGAUGCCGACCCAAGAACAUUGGACUUCGUCGAGCGUGUCCUAGAUGAGGAGAAGCCUGACAUGGUAGUGCUUUCUGGUGAUCAGGUCAAUGGCGACACCGCGCCAGACAUUCAGAGUGCCCUGUUCAAGAUCAUCGAGCCUCUCGCCGAGCGCAAGAUUCCCUAUGCAGCCAUUUUCGGCAACCAUGACGACGAAGGCACACUAUCACGCCACGCACAAAUGUCACUUUACGAAUCCCUACCAUACUCUCUUUCCGAAGCCGGACCGAACACCAUCGAAGGCGUUGGCAACUACUACGUCGAAGUGCAGGCACAUAACAGCAAGCACUCCGCAUUGACACUCUAUAUGCUCGAUACCCACGCAUACUCGCCAGACGAAGCCCACUACCGAGGCUACGACUGGAUCAAACCAAACCAGAUCGCCUGGUUCAAGAACACGGCUGAGGGGCUGAAAGACGCUCACAGCCACUACACCCACAAGCACAUAGACAUGGCGUUUAUACACAUACCAUUACCUGAAUACGCGGACAGAAACAAUGAGUGGGUCGGUAACUGGACCGAAGGUGUGACAGCGCCUGCAUUCAACACCCACUUCAAGGAUGAGCUGGUCAAGCAGGGCGUCAAAUUCGUCUCAUGUGGCCAUGACCACGUCAACGACUACUGCAUGCUCUCGAAAGACCACGCGACACAAGAACCCGAGCUCUGGAUGUGCUAUGCUGGUGGCAGUGGAUUUGGCGGCUACGGUGGAUACAACAACUUCCACCGUCGACUGCGUGUUUUUGAGGUUGACACAAAUACUGCGCGCAUUUCUACUUGGAAGAGAUUGGAAUAUGGUGAUAUUGGUAAGAGGCUUGACGAGCAGAUGAUUGUUGAUGCUGGACGAGUCUUGCCGGUUCAACGGGAUAACCAGGAAUAAGCGAUUUGAGUAAGAUUGCGACAAGCAAGGUGUUUUGGUGUUUUCGGUUCAGCCAUGGCUGGAGGCCUCCAAAUCACGGACUGCAUGGCUGGCUAGGCGCACGUAUGUUAUACGUUAUUUCAGUACAAACCCAUUGAUCAUUCUGCUGAAUUCUAUCUGCGUCAAUUCGGCACCAUGCACGUAUCAGUUGUACCU